AUGUUCUGCCGUGAGAUCGACUUCGCUAUGGAGGGUCACAAUGCCGUCACCCGUUAUCUAUGGGCUAAGAAUAACAUCGAUGCCGGUCUAUGGCGUAAGCUAACUAAUGCGACCGAGCCACCGGCUAGAUGUCAUCAAAGCUAUGAGCAUCAUCUACGUCGACUUUGUCGUAAACUACGCAAAACUUUCGACACGGAUGAGGCUUUGUCUCGAGCCGAGUACAAAUUCAACACUUGUACCCAGCGAUCUAGCGAGACAUUAUUCCAGUUCAUAUCAAGGCUAGAAACUCUAGCUGACGAGCUGGUAUAUCUACGAGCUGGGCCGAGAGAGUCUACCCUCAAACGACGUCUGUAUGAUGGUCUAUCAUCCAACGAUCUGAAGGAGAAGGUCGAGACCAAG